AUGAAGGAUAUGUCUUAGGACUUCAUAGAUAUGAAGGAAGCCAGAGAGGAAUCUAAAAGAAGGCUUGAACAGAGAUUCUAAAAUGCUUACAAUUCAAUUGAUGAGAACAAGCAAUUUACAAUCUCUUAGAUGGAAAUGGUUCAUGAAACAUUGAAUAACUUUCAGACAAGUUUCUUGAAUGAGCUAGAUGAGCUAGGUAGAAAUCUCAAGAACUAAAUCAAUGAGGAAGGAGCGUUUGUGAGAGCUUAAUGGGAUAUGCUAGAAAAUAUGAUUAACAAGGAGAGAGAGGAUAGAAUCAGAUAUCAUGAUGAUAAUCUUAACCCUAUCAGAGCUUAAGUUAAGAGCAUCUAGGAUGGUUUAGUGAAGGAGAAGAAGACUCCAAACGAAUCAACUAAUAUGCAGAAUGAUAUCUAAGACGAAUCUAUUAACAGAUAGGAAAAGAUGCAAGACUUGGAUGACUUCUUGACUUAGGAUACUGACUUGACGACCAAGUUCCUAGAGACCUUUGAAAAGAAUGCUACGGGUGAAGCAGACAAAUUCAUGGACGACCUUGAGAGGGAAAUGAAUAGCAGAUUUGAUCAUCAAAAUCACAUGCUUGAUAACAUGAGCAAGUUUGUUGGCAAAUUCCAAGAGACUCUUAAGAUUUUUGGAAAAGAUGUUUGA